AUGGCGAUGGCGACCUCGUCGGCGCCGCUGCUCCCGAAGCCCGCACUCCGAGCUGCGUCCUCUUCUUCUCUCCACACCCCGAAUCCAAGGUCCAGGCGACAGCGAGCCACCCCCGAACAGCACGACCAACAUGUCGACAGCAAGUGGCGGAGGCAGCCGAGGGGCCCGCCCCGGCGCGGCGAGGGAGCCAAGAGGCGCCUGCGCAGCCUCAUCCAGCGCGAGGAGAUCGACGACGCGCUCGCGCUCGUCGACUCCAUGGCCUCCGGCGGCAGCGGGAAGUGCCUGCCCGUCGUCCCCUGCAACAUCCUCAUCAAGCGGCUGUGCUCGGGCGGCCGCGUCGCCGACGCGGAGCGCGUGUUCGCGGCGCUCGGCUCCUCCGCCACUGUCGUCACCUACAACACCAUGGUCAAUGGGUACUGCCGCGCCGGCCGGAUCGAAGACGCGCGCCGCCUCAUCAGCGGCAUGCCGUUCCCGCCGGACACGUUCACGUUCAACCCGCUCAUCCGCGCGCUCUGCGUCCGCGGGCGCGUCCCUGACGCCCUGGCGGUGUUCGACGACAUGCUCCACCGGGGAUGCUCCCCUAGCGUCGUCACCUACAGCAUCCUCCUGGACGCCACCUGCAAGGCGAGCGGCUACAGGCAGGCCAUGGUUCUCCUUGACGAGAUGCGCGCCAAGGGCUGCGAGCCGGACAUCGUCACGUACAAUGUCCUCAUCAAUGCCAUGUGCAACGAGGGCGAUGUUGAUGAAGCUCUGAAUGUAUUGAGCAACUUGCCGUCCCAUGGAUGCAAACCUGAUGCUGUCACCUACACACCUGUGUUGAAGAGUUUGUGUGGCUCUGAACGGUGGAAGGAGGUUGAGGAGCUCUUCGCUGAGAUGGCCAACAACAAAUGUGCCCCAGAUGAAGUGACAUUCAACACAAUAGUCACUUCUCUGUGUCAGCAAGGCUUAGUUGAUCGUGCAAUUAAAGUUGUUGAUCACAUGUCAGAGCAUGGAUGCAUCCCUGAUAUUGUCACAUAUAGCAGUAUUCUUGAUGGUUUGUGUGAUGUAGGGCGUGUUGAUGAUGCGGUUGAAUUGUUAAGCAGACUGAAAUCCUACGGGUGCAAACCUGAUACAAUUGCCUAUACCACUGUUUUGAAGGGCCUGUGCAGCAUAGAACAAUGGGAGCAUGCUGAGGAGCUCAUGGCUGAGAUGGUCUGCAGUGAUUGUCCCCCUGAUGAAGUGACAUUCAACACGAUAAUUGCUUCUCUAUGUCAGAAAGGGUUGGUUGAUCGUGCAAUCAAAGUGGUUGAACAAAUGUCAGAGAAUGGUUGCAGCCCUGAUAUUGUCACAUACAAUUGUAUUAUCGAUGGUUUGUGCAACGAAAGGUGUAUUGAUGAUGCCAUGGAAUUGUUAAGCAAUCUGCAGUCCUAUGGGUGCAAGCCUGAUAUAGUUACCUUUAACACUUUAUUGAAGGGCUUGUGUAGUGUUGACCGGUGGGAGGAUGCUGAGCAGCUCAUGGUUAAUAUGAUGCACAGUAAUUGCCCCCCUGACGAAAUGACAUUCAAUACAGUAAUCACUUCUUUAUGCCAGAAAGGAUUACUUCUGCAAGCAAUUGAAACUCUGAAGAUAAUGGCUGAGAAUGGUUGCAUUCCAAACUCAUCUACCUAUAACAUAGUAGUUGAUGCACUUCUGAAGGCCGGAAAGACUCACGUAGCCCUUGAGCUGCUGAGUGGCAUGACAAAUGGUAUUCCAGAUUUGAUUACUUAUAAUACAGUAAUUUCUAAUAUUACCAAGGCCGGGAAAAUGGAGGAAGCUCUUGAUUUGUUGCGUGUGAUGGUCUCUAACGGCCUUUGCCCAGAUACGACUACAUACAAAUCUUUAGCAUAUGGUAUCUGUAGAGAAGAUGGAGCUGACAGUGCAAUUAGAAUGCUCUGCAGAGUGCAAGAUAUGGGCUUGUUACCUGACACUACAUUCUAUAAUGAUAUUCUUCUUGGUUUUUGUCAAAAUUGGAGAGCAGAUCUCGCCAUUGAUUGCUUUGCUCAUAUGGUCUCCAGUGGCUGCAUGCCUGAUGAAUCAACCUACAUUAUACUCCUUGAGGCUCUUGCUUAUGAUUGUCUUUUGGAUGAGGCAAAACAACUUCUAGUCAACCUGUGUUCUCUAGGCGUUCUAGAUAAGAGCUUGAUUGAGGAAGAAAGCCACUACUCAUAG